AUGUCAAUAACAAGAACAAAAGCAAGAUUGGGUGAAGCAAUCUCGCUUUAUGAACAAUUAUCUCAAGAAAUCAAGGAUACCAACAAUGCAGCCACAAUGACGGAUGAGCAGUGGGCUUCAUAUAUACGAACAUUAGGCCAUGAUGCAGCAAGAUUGAUUCAAACGAGUCGAUCCAUGGACAAUGACCACUUGAUAUGUGCUCUAUUAAACAAACAAAGGAAACUUGAACGACAUAAAGCUUGGAAAAAACGCGCAAGAAAAAGAGUCAAGCAUGAGCAACGUUUAGUUGAAAAGCGAAACAAACAGUGGAUAAAAGAGAUUGAAUGGAAAGUGACAACGGCAAAGGUGCAAAAGGAUGCAAAAGACCAAAAGGAAAGAGAGACAAGGAGAAAAAUCAAGGAAUUGUCUCGAUUGUUGACCAAGUUGACCGAACUAAGAAACCUCCGUCGAAAGAAAUUAGAAAGUCAGGGCCAUUUCUUUGCAGAUGAUGGAAACGAAUUUUUCAAUAAAGUAAAGGAAUGGCAUGAACAACAAGAAAAGGGGGAGCCUGAGCGUAAAGAAUUGAUCAUUGACGAGCAAGAUCAUUGGAAACACAUGGAGUUGGACAGAGCUGCUUAUGAAUACUGGUGUCAAGCGAAUCAAUCGACAAGCGCGCUUUUACGUAUCAGAAAAGAAUGGGAUCAGUAUAUUUGGAAGAAUCAUGAGCGAGAUGAAAGAGAUCCAGUGGGAAAGAUACCUCCAACCUUUGUUAAGCCUUCACCCCCAGCCAAUUGGGUAUGGGCCACUUAUCUACUCUAA